CGGAUCCUUUGCCGCAGCGUCAGCGCCGCCGCCGCCUCCUUUCCUUCUCCGCCUCCGCCCCCCCUUCCUCCUCCGCCGCCUCCCCGACGCGGCGUCCGCAAGCCGCGCCGAGCCCCGGGCCGCGCGGUGCCAUGCUGCCCCGGCGGCGGCGCUGAAGGAUGGCGACACCCGUCCCUCCGCCCUCCCCGCGACACCUGCGGCUGCUGCGGCUGCUGCUCUCCGGCCUCGUCCUCGGCGCGGCCCUGCGCGGUGCCUCCGCCGGCCGCCCGGAUGCAGCUGCCUGUCCUGGGAGCCUGGAUUGCGCCCUGAAGAGGAGGGCGCGGUGCCCCCCAGGCGCGCAUGUCUGUGGGCCCUGCCUUCAGCCCUUCCAGGAAGACCAGCAAGGGCUCUGUGUGCCUAGGACGCGCCGGCCUGUGGGGGAGAGCCUGCCUAGGCCCCGACUGGAAGAUGAGAUUGACUUGCUGGCCCAGGAGCUGGCCCGGCAGGAACCACCACGGCACUCCAUGCUCACUGCCCAGCCCCAGCCUGAAGCCCAACAGCGGCAGCUGGAGCUCGCAGCCACCCUGGGGCUCUCAGAGCGCCGCCAGGGCCCCGACCUGGGCCCCCCCUCCACUCGGGGAGCCCCUGCACCCACGCCCCACACCUCCUUGGGCUCCCCUGUGUCGUCUGUGCCGGUACACGUGGCCCCCUUGGAGCCCCGGGGCGGGCGUGGUGACGGACUCGCCCUCGGUAGGUCUGCAGUGCUCGUCGUGGCGUGCUCGGUAGCCGGCGCGGCCGCCCUCGCCGUGGCGGCUCUCUGCUGGUGCAGGCUGCAGCGAGACGCCCGCCUGACCCAGAAGGCCGACUACGCGGCGCCGCAGGCGCCCGGCUCCCCUGCAACGCCCGGGAUCUCGCCCGGCGACCAGAGGCUAGCGCACAGCGCCGAGAUGUACCACUACCAGCACCAGAGGCAGCAGAUGCGGUGCCUGGAGCGGCAUAAAGAGCCGCCCAAGGAGCUGGAGUCGUUGUCCUCAGACGAGGAGAACGAAGACGGUGAUUUCACGGUGUACGAGUGCCCGGGCUUAGCCCCGACCGGAGAGAUGGAGGUCCGGAACCCGCUGUUCGACCACUCCUCGCUGUCCGCGCCCUUGCCGCAGUGAUGAAGGCUGCCGCUCCCUUCUCCCGGACUCUGCAUGGCCCACGGGGGGGCGGGGAGGGGCAGGGCUCGGCGUUUCCCAUUAAAGAGACCGUGUUCUGACAGUGGGCGUGCUUGUGGCUGGGCCAGGGCACGGGGUGGGGGUGGGGCGGGGGCGGGAACCCCUUCUUGAGGAGACUCAGCCCCCUCUACCAGGGACCUUCUCUUCUUGCACCUGUCCUCUUGAGUCUGAACCCCCCAGUGGGGGGUAGGGAGAACCCUGAGACCAGGCAUGGCUGAGGAAUCCUGGAAGCAAAACCAAUUAAAAUACAUUUCAAACCCAU